CUCUGUACGAGUCUACCCACCUCGGUGAAGCACUUGAGACACCGAUCCCCUCCUCAUUCACAACCACCUCCUUCAACACGGCGAUCAGAAGUCAGAGCACCUUCAUUGCCUCCAAAGCUUUACUUCUUAACAGAAGUCACCUCUCGAACUACUGAACGCAACAACGACCACUUGCAUGGGCACAGCAACAUAGGCAACACGCAAUCAUGUCAUCCUACCUUUCCAACCUCCUCACCACGACAUCCACCCGCUACGCUUCUCUUCGCAACCUCCUCCCGACCGGAGAAGCUGAUGGCGAUACCCCAGACGACACACACAUCUGCAGGGUCCUACGCGCAUACUACACCGAGAAGGGCAGAGCCUUUCCACCUUGGCUGCCACCCGACCCAAAAGCCGCUCCACCCCCACAGGUUCAACAACAAAACUACGGCGCACCUGUCGGAGCUGGAUAUGGCAAUCUUGCAAAUGCAGGGAGCAGCGGCAACAAGCUAACGAGCCUAUGGGACAACAAAGCUUCCUCGGGGUCCCCCGCACCGACGCCAGUUAAUCAAAGCUUGAGACAGGGGAGACCAGGUGGAUCUCCAGCGCUACGAGCCGGUGGCGGGAUGCAACGAGGGCAGCAGCAACAACAACAACAAGAAUACGUGGCUGCGCGGCCGCUGCCGAGCCAGAGGGAUGGGUCAUACCAGAAUUCGCUAGCCUUACAGCCCACGAUCAGUGCGGGUUCGGCACAGGAUCGACUGAAGCAGAGAUUAUGGGGCGGCGCUAAGAGCAACAGCUCGUCACAAAGUUCACUGGACCAACCACAAGGGAGGAGCCCUGGGAUGAGCCCGGGAAGGAACCCACAACCACCACCACAGAGGGGUGGCUACGAAAGGCAGGAGAGUUAUAACAGCGGCAGAUCGAAUGAGAGUCCAGGCGUAUCUGCGAACUCGCCUUGGUCACAAAAUGGUGGCGGAGGCGAUCAGUAUGGUAAUGGUAGACAGGGACAAGGACAGGAUCCAAGGCGGCAAGGCUUGCCCAGCAAUCCGAGGGGGUACAGAUGAAUGUAUGCCUCAUGCGGGGCGAGAUGACGUUUUUAUGAAUACUUUGAGCAAGGCGUUGGUGGCACCUGGGAGCAACAUGCUUAAGUCUAGCUGUGCGGCAGAAUAGACGGCCAUGGGGCGGAAUAAACAGCCAUUUUAGAUGCUCAAGCAAACUAAACUGCUCGUCUCUUCUCCAAGCACUUCUACAGUAAAUUUUUAUCUCGAUAUAUCUACAUGACUUAAAUUUCCCAACACUAUUUAUGAAAGCAUACUAGGUAGUAGGGCAGUUUUGUGGAUAUAAUAAGAGCUUCGGCGCCUCCACUUGAAGACACAAUCUACUGGAUCAGCCUCAGUUAUUAGCAUCGAGUGAAAUAUACUGAUUUCAAUGUUUCACGGCCGUAAAGGCGAAAUUGCCAGGUCUCUAAAUAGCUUGUUAUUAUCAUAGUUCAAAAUAUAUGUCAU